AUGGACAUAAUUAAUCCUUCUGAGUGCUUGUACGAUAAUUAUAUCAAUGCAGUACCAAUUAAGGCGUGUAGCAUCUCCUAUGCUCUUAACAAUCACAGCUAUGUCGAAUUAUCGCACCCAGAUAACUCCAUACCAGUGAACCGGUUUGUAACUCCGCUUCAUAUCGUACCUGAAUGGUACUUUUUAGCAUAUUAUGCGGUGUUAAAAGUAAUCCCAUCCAAAACCGGUGGUUUGUUAGUAUUUAUGUCCUCUCUCAUUAACUUAGCUCUUUUAUCUGAAAUUCGAGCUUUGAAUACUCGAAUGUUGAUACGACAACAUUUUAUGACUCGAAAUGUAGUCAGUGGAUGGGUAAUUAUUUGGGUAUACAGUAUGAUCUUUCUGAUUAUUAUUGGUAGUGCUAUUCCACAAGCGACUUAUAUCUUAUAUGGUAGAUUAGCUACUAUCGUAUAUCUUACUACCGGAUUGGUUCUAUGCUUAUACUAA